ACAUAAACAAGAUCCAGUAUAACACAAUACUACACGGCUAUCUGACCCUACCUCAUAUAAGGUCGAUUUGUAGGGCUGGCUUUUUGUCGCCUCCACUGCUUCACCAUUAAUACAUAUAGAUUGGGUAAAGAUAACUGGUUCUGCGUCAUUAAACCGGCCAAUUAUAUUCAUUAUAGAGGCAUAUCGCAAGGUAUUUUCCCUUUAUGUCAAUAAGUGUUAGGGGGUGAUGUCUUAUGCCUGUUAAGGGGAUCGGCCUGGGGGAAUCCUCCGUAAGAUCCGGUGUUCCCUAGGAAUUAAAAGCACAUUGUACAUAUUUCGAUUUCGAGAGAAAAUAUAAAAACAAAACCCUCAGCCGGGUAGCACUGUUCCCCUUUUCUCACAAGUAAAUUGAUAAAGUAGUAGUCAGCUCAGUCUCAAUAUAUCGCAACAUGACAAGCAUUGCCAGCGCCGUUAACUCAGAGAAGUGGGGCAAGGAAACGGAAAAGCAGCUUGGCGCCGGAGACGACGAUACAUGGAGAAAGGACAUGUAUGUCGACACGAUCCCAUGGGAAUACGGCCGGUUUCGUGAGGUUCUGGAGAAGUAUAGUAAGAUCCCUCCGAGCGAAGUUGAAGCGGAGAUCUUCAAGAUUCGAGGCAAGGCUUGGGAAGUCGUCAAGUACCCCUGCGUCGGCUCUUUUACCUACCUGCGUCUCCUCGAAUUCGGCGAUGACAAGCCGGAGAUGCAAAAGACCAUCGAGCGGCUCAAGGCUCCUGGUUCGCAGGAUACUUUCCUCGAAAUAGGUGGCUUCAUCUACCAGACGAUUCGACGGCUCGCUUUCGAGGGCGUCGACUCGUCGCGCCUGUAUGGCACAGACUUACAUGCCGAGUUCCUCGAGCUGGGGUAUGAGCAGUUCCGCGAUCAUGAGACUUUGAAAGCGACCUUUGUUGCAGGAGACAUGCUGCUCCCAGAGGAAGAGUAUGCGAUCAGCUCUCUGGCCGGAACGCUCGACGGGAAAAUCUCCAUCAUACACGCGUCGAACUUCUUUCACUUGUUUAGCUGGGAAUCGCAAUUGGUCAUCUGCGAGCGCAUUGUACGUUUCUUUCGGCGCGGUUCCAAUGCAGAAAGUCCAGCCGUGUUGUUCGGGGUGCACAUAGGCAGCGAUAAGCCAGGCGAGGUGGAACAUUUCAGGAUAUUCCUGCAUGAUGAGACGACAUUCCAGUCGCUGUGGACCGAAGUAGGGAAGAGAACUGGCACGUCUUGGAAAGUGAGCGUGGAGUUUCCAGUGUUACCGCGCCCAAAACCGAAUGUUUUCGGUAAAGAUGCGAGGGUGGCGCGUUACGUUGUGAAGAGUCAGAUAUUGUAGUGAGACACCUAAGUAUAGAAGCCAAGAGAUAACACGGCAGUUGAGCUGAUUGUAAAUGGUCUUAUCGAUGGCUGAUCAUGAAAUAUAUUAUGGUUCUAUGGUUCU